UUUCGGGACACAUUAUACCGCGGCCUGUCAAACGGUCAAACGUUGUUAUUGUCGCGCUGGUUCGGCUGACGGUGGGGCAAAACACAAGCACCAGCAGAGUACGUCAAAGUCACUGCCGCUGGACGACCUGUUUGACCUGCUCGCAGCUGCUCCCAACCGUUUCCCAACUCAACACGUAGCAAUGGAGAUCGUCGGCAACGUAAAGUGUUACGAGUGGGGCAAGCUGGGGCUCGACUCGUUCGUGGCCAAGCUGGCCCAGGCCAACAGCGACGGGCUGGAGGUGAAACCCGACUGCCCGUACGCGGAGCUGUGGAUGGGCGAUCACGUCAGCGGACCGGCCACGCUGAAAACCGACGGCAAAGGGCUGGACGAAGCGAUCCGGGCCGAUCCGGCCGGGAUGAUCGGGUCGUCCACCGGCCAGCAGCUGCCCUUUCUGCUGAAGGUGCUGAGCAUUCGGAAGGCGCUGAGCGUUCAAGUUCAUCCCGAUAAGACGGAGGCGGAGAAGCUGCACCGCCAAUUCCCGGACAUCUACAAGGACCCGAACCACAAGCCGGAGCUGGCGAUUGCGCUGACCGACUUCCAGGCGCUGUGCGGCUUUCGACCGCACGAGGACAUUGCCCGCUCGCUGCAGGAAACGGUCGAGCUGCAGCAGCUGCUCGGGGCGGAAGUGCUUGCCAAGCUCGAAGCACGCGACCCGUCCGCCGUGCGCGUAGGUUACGAACGGCUAAUGCACAGUGCACCCGAAGCCAUCGAAGGUUGCAUCGCGGCAAUGGCCCGUCGGCUGCAAUCCGCCGACAGCGCGUCCGAGCUGCGCGACCUCUUUCUGCGCCUGCACGCCGACUUUGGCUGUGAUGUGGGCGUGCUGUCGAUCUACUUCCUCAACUACCUGCGCCUGCAGCCCGGCCAGGCGAUCUAUCUGGCGGCGAACGUGCCGCACGCCUACCUCGACGGCGACUGCGUCGAGUGUAUGGCCUGCUCGGACAACGUGGUGCGGGCCGGGCUGACGCCAAAGUUCAAGGAUGUCGACACGCUGCUGCGGCUCGUGCGGUACGACUGUCUGCCCGGCGCAAGCAUGCUGUUCCAGCCGAGGCUGCUGCAGCCCGAGCGGCAACCGCACACGCGCACCUUCGUACCGCCCGUGCCGGACUUUGCCGUCGCGGAGAUACGGCUGCCGGCGGCGUCGGCUGGCGGUCUCGAGUACAGCGUCACUAAUCCGGCCAACGGCUCGAUUCUGCUUACCGUUGGGGGCGGUGGAACGUUGGUAGGGCAGGGCCGGGAGAUUCGGCUGAGCAUGGGAACGAUCGUCUUUCUGCCGAGCAGUGCGGGCAAGGAGUUUCUGCUCAGGGUGGACGGGGCCGGUGAGCCAUUCCUAGCGUUCCAGGCCAUGCGCAAUGAUUUCGAAUGAUGUGAUUGGCUUCGAGGAGCCGUGCAAAAGGCUGUAGUGAAUGGAUUUGUUAUUUAUUGUAGAGUUUUUGAAUGUAUACCUUUCGUUUUUGAAACGCCCUAAAAAAGUGCAAUAAAAGUCGUUUCGUUGUAUAGAAUAUUAAGUUGCAACGAGCCUCAA